AUGGCCGAUCUGCUCAUGGACGGCCUCACCUCGAUGGGCAUGGAGGACGACAACGAAGAAGACCCGCUGGACGCCUACAUGCGAACGCUGGAGGCCGCUCCAACGAUCCGCGAGCCGGCGACGACCGCGCGCGACUUCCAGCGACGGCUUGCGCCCGGCGGCCUUGACGCUAGGAUAAAGAACCGCCGGUACUGCAAGCUCCAAGAGCUGCUGCGGACGUCCGACUACUUUUCGGACGAGAACAUGGAGCGGCGCAGCCCGAGCUUGUUUCACUUCCACCUCGGUCGGUACAUCCCGCCCAACACUUCGGCGCGGGCCGAGCCAGCGUCGCUCUCGACGUUCUUGAUGGCGUCAAUGGACAAGCAAGCGCUCGAGGCAAGGAAGGAAGAGGAAGAAAGCACGUGGGGGGUCAUGCGGCAGCAUCGCCCGGCGCCCGCCAAAGAGCCGACGAUGGACAAGCAUCCAACUUUUGAAGAAGAGUUUGACUCGGACAGUGACGAUGAAGCGCAAGACGAGUCAAUGGACGGCGCGGAGGCAGAUCCACACGGCGACGACAACGACGAGAUGGACGAGAUGCUCAGUGUUGCGGAUCGCCGGCAGCAGCUGAUCGACGUCAUGUGCCAGCGGUUCCUCCAAGGUCUCGACGUGGGCUUCACCAAGUACGACGAGGUUGAUGGCAGCAUCGCGUACGACGACUUUACGGCGCUGACGCGGGACGCGCAAGAUGCGUACUUUGACGAUGCGUAA